CUCUCUCUCUCUUUCUUUCUUUUUAUAUUUAUCCAUGACGUGCUCUCACUUGGAAUCUGCUUCUUUUAACCCUCCUUCUGUUUAUACAAAAGUACAUAAAGAAGAAUGUACGCAGUGCUUUGAUAGUCAGGAUGUUCCUGAAGGUAUUGAUGUCUGUCUUACUUGUUUUAAUGGUGGUUGUUUGGAUCCUACAAGACAUCAUGCCUAUACACACUAUCAACGAACAGGCCACUCACUUGCUGUGAAUAUCCGACGCAUCUUAGUAGAACAACCCAGUAACAAAAGAAGUGAUGGCGGUGCUGACGGUACUACGCCUCCUCCUCCCAAAAUCACCAAACUGGCUAUCUCUGUUGAAGAUCAAGAACCUGUCUAUGAAUACCAUACACAAGUACGCUGUCAUGCUUGUCAAACUAUCGAGCCUAAAGAACAAUGGCCAUCCAAGUUAACUACAGCAGUCGAUGCUGUCUUGAAUGCCAUGUCUUCCGCUAAACAAUCUGAAGUCCAAUCUUGGGAAGAAGUUAUCACGCCUUGUGAACACACGUUAUGUCUUGCUCAAGAAGCCCCCAAGAAACUGGAUCAUCAAGAGUUAGCCCAUUGUGCAGACUGCGACUUGAACCAAAACCUAUGGCUCUGUCUUGUUUGUGGUAAUCUCGGUUGUGGUCGUAAACAAUACGAUGGAUCAGGCGGCAAUAACCAUGCCAUUGAACAUUUUGAAAAGACAGGCCAUGGUGUCAAUGUCAAGCUGGGCACGAUCACAGCAGAAGGUACAGCCGAUAUUUACUGUUAUAGCUGUGACGAUGCUCGUCUUGAUGAGAAUUUGGCUACUCAUUUAGCCAACUGGGGUAUUCAAGUAGCUCAACAGACCAAGACUGAAAAGAGCAUGACAGAACUACAGCUUGAACAAAACCUCAAGUUUGAUUUCAGCAUGACCACAGAAGAUGGUAAGCAACUUGAACCUCGAUUUGGUCCUGGCUAUACGGGUCUCAAAAACUUGGGCAACAGUUGUUAUAUGGCCAGCGUACUUCAGUCUGUCUUUAAUAUCCCUGCGUUUCAAGAGAGAUAUGGUAAACAAUUAGAAGACCAUGCUAAAGUAUGUACUCAAGCAGACCCUGCAUCAUGUUGGUCUUGCCAGUUACAUAAAUUAGCAGAUGGAUUGUUAUCCGGUCGUUACUCUCAACCUAUCACCAAUGCAACCCAAGAUGGCAUUGCACCUGGUAUGUUUAAGGCAUUGGUAGGUAAAGGACAUGCUGAAUUCUCUACGAUGCGUCAACAAGAUGCCUUUGAAUUCUUCCAAUAUCUCUACAAAAACAUUCAGCAAAAAGAACAUGCUCAAGGACCCACUCAACCCACAGAUGUAUUUGACUUUAUGCUAGAACAACGCAUUCAAUGUGACACCUGUAAAAAAGUACGGUACCAAAAAGACCCCACCAACAGUAUCUCUGUCAGUGUGCCUGCUAAACCCACACAAGAUGGUUAUGAGCCUGUUGAUUUUACUGAAUUGAUGGAUACCUUUGUCAAGCCAGAAGUUGUGGAUGGAUACCAAUGCCCUCAAUGUCAGACAAAGACAACAGCCUAUCGAUCUGUCAAGUUCAGCACAUUUCCUCAAGUGUUGGUCAUCAAUCCCCGUCGAUUUGCCUUUGUGGAUUGGGUGCCUCAGAAACUCAAUAUUCCACUUCAAUUCCCUGACAAGGUCAACCUGGACAACUACAUGGGCACAGGUCUUUUACCUGGAGAAGAGCCCUUACCAGAAGAAGAACCCAAUCAAGAGCCUGCAUUUAAUCAGACUGAUUUAGAUCAAUUGCAAGCCAUGGGUUUCUCUGAGAACAGAUGUAAGCGAGCACUGAUGAAUACAGGACACCAAGGUGCUGAAGUGGCUAUGGCUUGGAUGUUUGAACACAUGGAAGAUCCUGAUAUUGAUGGACCCCUUGAAGACACAACUGCUGUUGAUGAUAGUCAAAUCCAAACAUUACAAGAUAUGGGAUUUACUGCAGCACAGGCUAAAAAGGCUUUAAGUGAGACUAACAAUGAUACUGAAAGAGCCUUAGAUUGGUUAUUCAGUCAUCCUGAAGAUCAAGGUCAAGAAGGAGAAGAACAACAACAACAAGAGCCAAAGCGUAUAGGCGACACCCAUGCUCCUUUCAACUAUCGAUUGGAUUCUUUUAUUUCUCAUAAGGGUACUUCAAUUCAUUGUGGCCAUUAUGUUGCUCAUGUAUUCAAGAAUGAUGAUGAAUGGGCUUUAUUCAAUGAUAACAAGGUGGCUGUUACACCUCAUCCACCUAAGGGUGAAGCCUAUCUUUACUUUUUAAAAAGGCAAUAAAAGAUG